AUGGAGCUGCGGCCUAUUUCACAGGGGGAGGCCCCCUUGCUGCGCAUGCAGCCCGGACAGACGCUGACCCUCGGCCGCAACCGCGAGAGCCGCAUUACGGACGAGCACGUCUCGCGGCGGCAUGCUGAGGUCGCAUGCUGCAUUGGGCCGGACGGGCGGCCCCAGCUGAGGGUCAGCCCCGUCAAAAAACUCUACGCAGUGCGCGCGGCGGCCGUGGCGGCCAGUAGCUCUUGGCAGCAACAGGAGCAGCAGGAGCAGGAGCAGGAGCAGGAGCAGCAGCAGCAGCAGCAGCAGCAGCAGCACCAACACCAGCGGCGGCAGCAGGCGCGGCUGGAGCCCGGCACAACGCACGAGUUAGCCCCAGGGGACGAGAUUUACCUGUGCAAGGACCCCCAAGCUGCCGGGCAGCUGCGCAUCGGCUUCCGCCUGGCCGCCGCGCCCACCUCAACCCUGACCGAAGCCGCAGCAGCCACUGCCAAGCGGGGCGGCAGCAGCAAGGCGCGCCUCGAGGGCAACGCCGGCGGCGAGCGCGCGCCCGCGGCGGCCGGCGCUGGCGCGAGGAGGGCGGCCGCGGGCGCGGGCACGGGCGCCGGGCGAGGGGCGUCGGCAUCGCCAGCCAAGGGCACGCUCGCCGGCAGCCCCGCCAAGCAGCAGGCCCAGCAGACACAGGAGCGGCGACCCAGCGGCGCCGCCGAUAUUUAG